AUGCCAAUCGAAUGCCCAAUAUGCGGAAAGUCCGUGAAUCAACUCAAAAUCAACAUCCAUCUUGACUCGAACUGCAAGGAUUUUAUUGAACUUGACGCCAGUGAACCCUCGUCCCAAAAUACGCCUCCCUUCUCCAAUUUCUUCCAGCCACAGGCGAAAAAAACGCAUUUAAAAACCAGUCCCCAACCAAAUGGCACCAAAACUCUGACCCAAACUCCCUCGGUUGGGAAAAGAGGUUUGCUCACAGAAGAGGCCCAAGCGGCCAAAAUUACUGUGGGGGAUAUUUUCGAUGAUGCCGCCUCCUUGGAAGAUAAUUCUAAUCGGCUCGCCAAAAGGUCCAAAGUAUCUAAUGCUUUUGGAAAAGCGGCUCCGCUUGCGGAACGCAUGAGACCCCGAUGCCUUGAUGAAGUCUGUGGACAAGAUUUGGUGGGCUCGAAUGGAGUACUCCGAGGACUAAUAGAAUCCGACCGCGUACCAAGUAUGAUACUAUGGGGUGGCGCUGGGACGGGUAAAACAACUAUUGCCAGAGUCAUUGCUACUAUGGUGGGAAGUCGCUUUGUGGAGAUAAACAGCACUACGUCCGGUGUUGCAGAGUGUAAAAAGAUUUUUGCGGAGGCCAGAAACGAGCUUGGCCUAACAGGACGGAAGACUAUAAUUUUCUGUGAUGAGAUUCAUAGAUUCUCCAAAUCGCAACAGGAUGUGUUUCUCGGGCCCGUCGAGAGUGGUCAAGUGACUCUGAUUGGAGCUACCACGGAGAAUCCAUCUUUUAAAGUCCAAAAUGCCUUAUUGUCUCGUUGCCGCACAUUUACGCUUUCAAAACUUUCCGACGAGGAUAUCAUUGCUAUUCUUAGUCGCGCUUUAGAGGUUGAAGGUCCGAAUUAUUUGCCGUCUGGUCUCGUUGAUCGAGAUUUGAUUUCGUAUUUGGCUACCUUUUCUGAUGGCGAUGCCCGUACGGCGCUCAAUUUAUUGGAAUUGGCUAUGGAUUUAUCAAGGCGACCAGGUAUGACGGAAGCGCAGCUGAAAAACAGUUUAACCCGCACGCUGGUAUAUGACCGUGCUGGAGACCAGCAUUACGAUACCAUAUCCGCGUUUCAUAAGUCAAUCCGCGGAAGUGAUCCCGAUGCUGCGUUAUACUACCUAGCACGAAUGAUCCAGUCUGGAGAAGAUCCCCUAUACAUAGCACGCCGUCUUAUUGUUGUCGCUUCUGAGGAUAUCGGACUUGCAGACAAUUCCAUGCUGCCUCUAGCUACGGCUGCCUAUACAGCAGUGGAGAAGAUUGGCCUACCAGAGGCUCGGAUAAACCUUGCACAUGCUACAGUUGCAUUAGCGUUGUCAAGAAAGAGCACGAGGACCUAUCGCGGAUUAGGCAAUGCUUUCGCAGCGUUGGAAGAACCUGGCAUUGCUGGAUUACCAAUUCCAACCCACCUACGCAACGCGCCCACGAGGCUCAUGAAAGAGAUGGGAUACGGCCAGGAGUACAAGUACAAUCCCGACUUUGUAGAUGGCAAGGUCGUCCAAACGUAUUUGCCAGAAAAAUUGCAAGGGCGCCGAUUUCUUGAAGAUCGUGACUUGGGAACUCGUGUUGACCCUGCCUAUAAGGAGGCGUGA